UAUCACCAAUAUAUAACGUUACCUGUGAGUGUAUUAGACCGGGCGAUCAACCAAGUGAUUACAGAAAAAGAAAACCUAUUUCCACCUUACUUUCAUGUUCCUGAUUUGCUUACCGAGCCAUAGUAUGUGAUGGUCGCUGACUGAUAUUGACUCUUGGUAUGAAAGUAUUUAAAUGUACUCUACAGCUAUAGUAGGCCUAACUGGAAUUGGAUUCUGAGGAAAACGCUUUUCAUUCGAUGAUGUUUUAUACAGGUUCGGAAGACCCUUGGGGGAACGUCUUUAUAUUGAACUAUCGAGUGUUGUUUUACAGCCAUUGUGGAGUUUAUUGAGGAUAUCUGCCAAAACCAGCAAGAGCUCACCUACAUCGUUAGCAUUCACUGGAACUCACUAACAAUGUAAGCAUUCUACUGGAGCUCACUUUCACAGCAAAACUAGAGUAUUUCACCAGGGAAAAGAAAGAAGAACGGACCACAGUGGGACUAAAAUUACUCUAUGUCUCAAACACAAUAUUCAUGACGAUCUUUUUUGAAUGUGCUACUCUCCGCUAUUUAACUGAAAAGCCUGUUAUCCAACUACAUAGAUCAACUUUAUGUGUGUAGUGUUAGCUUCAUUUAUGAUUGAUAUCAUUGUGGUAUAAUAUUCCAUGGUGUAUAUCAAUCGACCUGCUGUUGGUGACAGAUUGCAUUACCGAUAUAUGUAACACGCUAUAUAAUUGGUGCAUUGGGAUAUAGAUGUAGGUAUUGUCCUGGAAGCAUCACGUGAUAGCAAGGUAUCGAUAUUGACACACAUGCUGUGUGCGUGAACCUUAUCAUUGCACUAAAUAGCCUGUGCAUUAACUUUACAUGAUGUUGAAAACAAAGAGGCCUGUUCAGGAGCACGAGUCUGGAAUAGGAAUCAAGCUAGACUACAGUGAGACCUAUUUUGAAAAUGAGAUUCUUGAUAGUGAACUGGAGAGUAAACUUGCCCAGAUCGGCAGAGAGCGUUACCGCGUCAGCGUGGAGCGGGACGAAACUCUUAAAGAAGCGCGUAAGGUUGCAGAAGAUAUGCAACAGUUAAGUGACGCAAUUAAAAAAGGUGCGAUUGCAGAUAGUGUGAGUAUCUUCUCAGGUGGAAAGGACGGUAAAAAUGGAGAUGAGAAAGUGAGUGACAGAAGUGCCAAGACGAGUAUGGACAGUUUAUGUAACGAUGUGAAUCGGAUUAAUACUAACAUGAAUCAGGGGGAUUCAGACACAACGAGUGAAACUAAAGGUAGUGAUACCGAUUCGGAUAAACCACGCCGAACCGUGAAUACUCUUACAAUGUUCGCUUUGUCGAUGCAAAAGUUCGCAUCGCCUAUACGACAUCGCAUUCCAGCGCAGACUGCUAAUGAUUCAAAAACGAAACAGGAGAACCCAUCAACCACUCGACCGCCACAUCCACAAAAACGGCAAGCACACUCGGCUUUUGCACGUCCACCAGGCCAACGAGCAUAUCCGCGCCUUGAGAGACGACCAAAGUCGCAGAGACCUAUCACGUUUCGGCAACGCAGGAUAAAAGAUGGAGAGGUGCUCGAGGCUGCUGAUGUUAUGCCUAUCAUGGUUAAUGAGAUUAGUCUACAUAAACGAAAGCAAACCAGAUCUCGAAGGGAACUACAGGAAAUGAGCAAAAUGGAGCAAAAAGAACUUAGUUUAAAAAUAGACAGAGAGGAAGAGAGAAAGAAAAAACUAUUUAAUUGGGCUAAAGGUGGUAAUGAAUUGGAUCAAAGAAUUAAAUGUUUUGUGAAAAACUGUGAAGAGUUUAACAGAAAAAGACAACCUCAUGAAAUGCUGUUGGAUACCCCAAGAAGAUCGAAAACAUCUAUGUAUUAGAUAAAAUCCAGCAAUAUGGUUAAGUACUUCUUAUCUUUGUAACAUGACAGCGAUUUUCAAAACCUUUCAACAUAUUAAACUUAUACAUGAUAUACAUUGUAGAGAUGUGCUUUUUAUCCUCGCAUAAAAAAGGUAUAGCUUCAUCCUGUCACACGACAAGUUAUUUAGCUCGGUUAAACCGUGCGUAAAUGACAGGAUUGUAUCAAAGCAUGUUAGUAUGUAUUAGAAUACGAUAUCUUCAGCAAUAAACUAUCGGUGUGUC